AUGAGCACGGCCGACGGUGAAAAGGUCAUACUGCCGCUCAGCUCUCUGUCAGGAGGUGGAAAGGACCCUCAACGAGCAACUCCCGCAACGGAGGACUGGGUCUUGCACAAGGUCGAGGCCACGCUUCUGCCCAUCUUCACCCACCGUCUCGGGCCGCAUCUUUGUCGGGCCGGAGCUGAGCCGCACGCCCCCGAGUACAUCGACCCCGUGCGCCACGUUACCAACAGCCUGAUGCGGGCGUUGACGCCCGAGCUGAAGCUGGUGAAGAUAUACCGCGACAACGCAGAUAAGAUCAUGAUGCCGGUCAUCAAGCGGAGAUGGGAGAUGUCCGACGAAAUGCUGCAGUGGAUGCUGGUGAAGGCCGAGAGAGGAAACAUUAGCGAUGGUGUCGUGUGCGAGCUGCAGCUCACGCUCAUCAUGUCCUCUAUCCAUAGUAAUGCCAGGGGAUUUACUGAUAUGUGA